AUGGAUGAGUCUGAGCUAGUAGCGUGCGGAUCAGCGCUUCUGCAGCAACUAUCAGACAAUUUCUCGUCGUACGACAAAGAGACUAAGCCGAGCGUCCACGUCUCAGGCUUGGUUUCGAUUAGGGAAAAGGGUCCUGGAAGUGCCCCGAAACAGUGCCAGUUGUGCGAGCAAUGGAUUACGGCAAAGAAUACGCGCGUUCACGUCGCUGCCCAUCUUACUCUUAGAAGGCUACGUUGCUCAGCAUGUGGUCAAGGUUUCGACCGUAUGAAUCGCGCAUCUGUUCACAUCGACAGGUGCCAUCCCGAUGAUCCAACAGCAAAAGUGGAAUCAGCUAUGAAUGCUGAACAACGAAAGCAAAUCGACAUGCUGGCGAUGCAAUGCUUUCCUCGUCGGAAGCUCGCUAAUCCGUCAAAUGAAACGAAUUGA